AUGGCGACGCCGGAGAUCCACUCCGGGGCGACGUAGCCCCAGGUCCCCCGCAUGGUGGCGAGCACCCGGCUGAAGUCCCUGCCGAUCAGCUUCGCCAGCCCAAAGUCUGAGACCUUGGCGGUGAAAUCCCCGUCCAGCAGGAUGUUCUCCGGCUUGAUGUCGCAGUGGACGAUGCAGUCGCGGCACUCUUCGUGCAGGUACGCGAUCCCCCUCGCCGUGCCGACGGCCACCCGCCACCGCUCCUCCCACCGGAGGAACAGCUCCUCCCGCUGCGGCUGCUGGCGGCGCUUGCGGGAGAGGUAGGCGCUGAGAGGACCGCGGGGCAUGUACUCGUAGACGAGUAGGCGGUGGGGGUCGUCGGAGCAGAAGCCGCGGAGGCGGACGAGGUUGACGUGCUGGAUGCUGCCGAUGGUGCGGACCUCCGCGCGGAACUCGCGGUCGCCGCCGCCGGGGCGAUCCAGGCGCUUCACCGCCACCAGCGACGAGUCGGGGAGCUCCCCACGGAACACCGCCCCGAAGCCCCCGUGGCCCAGCUCCUCCGAGAACUCUUUGGUCGCCGUCGACAGCUCCUUGUAG